AUGGCCACCGAACCCUUCCCGCCCAUGUACCCACUGGCGCAUGUCCGCAGCAAACCCAACAGCCAGACCGAUCCGAACGCGUCGAACGUAAGACGACGGAGACAGAGCUCGAGUCUGGGAGCGGAUCCAAGAGGAGACACUGGCGCGAGGGCUCUGGCAACAUCGAAUCUGAAGCAGAGCACUCCACCGAGAACACUAGAGCAUACACACAACGGCAAAGAACGCAAGCGCCGAAAAGCGCGCCGCUACCUCUCCCGCUUCAAACGCCUCUGCCUCAAACACACCUGGCUCAUCCCGCUCCUCCUCGCCUCCACCAUCCUCGCACUCUACGCCCUCUCCCCCGGCGAGCACAACCCCCUCCACCCCGCCAUCUUCCUCUCCUACCCGAACCCACCCUUGCACGAACGAACCACCACCCUCCCCGCGCACAUCGGCAAUGUCACGCAAUACGGCAAAGGGCGCAAGGACUUCGCAUUCGUCGCCUUCUACACCAUCGUCCUCAGCUUCACCCGCGAGUUCCUCAUGCAGCGGCUCAUCCGCCCUUUAGCCGUGUGGUUCGGAAUCCGCGGGCGCGGGAAAAUGGCGCGGUUUAUGGAGCAGUUCUACACGGCCAUCUACUUCGCCAUCUUCGGUCCGUUUGGGAUGUACGUCAUGAGCCGCACGCCGGUCUGGUACUUCAACACCGCGGGAAUGUACCAGGGGUUCCCGCACCGUGCGCAUGAAGGCGUGUUCAAGGCGUAUUACCUGCUGCAGGCGAGCUACUGGGCGCAGCAGGGGCUGGUGCUGAUGCUGCAGCUGGAGAAGCCGAGGAAGGAUUUCAGGGAGUUGGUGCUGCAUCAUAUCAUUACGCUGGCGUUGAUUGGGUUGAGCUAUCGGUUUCACUUUACGUAUAUGGGGGUUGCGGUGUACAUUACCCACGACAUCUCGGACUUCUUUUUGGCGACAUCCAAAAUCCUCAACUACCUCGACGCCUGGAUCACGCCCCCCUACUUCGUCACCUUCAUGGCCAUCUGGGCCUACCUCCGCCACUUCAUCAACCUGCGCAUCCUCUACUCCCUCUCCCCCUACGCCCUGCCCUUCCUCACCACCCCGCCCAACGAAUUCGCCACCGUCGGCCCCUUCACGCUCAACUGGGAGACCCAGCAGUACAAAUGCUGGAUUAGUCAGGCCAUCACGUUCGCGCUGCUCGCGGCGCUGCAGGCGGUGAAUGCGUUUUGGUUUUUCUUGAUUGUAAGGAUUCUGGUGCGGAUCGUUUGGAAGGGGGUGGUGAAGGAUGAGCGGAGCGAUGAUGAGGAGGAGGAGAUGGAGGAGGAUGAGCGGGAGGGGGAGGUGGUGGUUGAGGAACCAGUGAAGAAGGUGGGUAACGGGAAGGUGAAAGGGCCGCAGGUGGUGUUGAAUGGGGAGCCGUUGGUCGAGGAGCGGUUGGAGCGGGAGCUGAAUGGAAGUGUUGGUGGGGUGGUGACGGGACGGGAGAAUGGGGGCGGGAGGAAGGGGGCGGCGAGGAGGAAGCGGUGA